AUGAGCACUGGAUACGAGCAAGCCCAGGUAGUCUGGAACAAAGACAACGCUAUAGCUGGUAAUCUAUAUACUAGUUCCCAAACUUAUCGACUGGAAACGCUCGAGUUUAGCAAGCUCACAGAGAUUGGCGCUGGCGGCUGUGGCAGCAUCUUCAAAGGUACCAUCACUCGCAGCUAUGGCGUCCAGCACAAGCUCUACAGAGGCGUGUGGGACUCCAAACGCAUCGAAGGCGUUUUCGACCCUUUCGACUCGUAUAACUACUACAACUCCUCCAGCAGCGGAUCAAAUCCCAGCGAGGGAGACAACGAAACAGUGAGCGUGGCUGUCAAGACGAUUCACAGCAGCGACGAUGAGGUGAUAGAUCUCACCAGGGAAGCGAGCAGCCUGCGGAUCCUGCAAGGAACCAGGAACGUUGCAAGCGUUUAUGGUGUGACACACAACCGGGAAAUGCAAAGCGUUUGCAUUGUCAUGGAGCUCGUCCAAGGUCCCGACUUGAAUUCUUUCCUGAGAUCCGGGAAGCCAUCGUCGUGUUCUUGGUCUUGGUGGAAGACAAAGCUGGAGAUCUUCAUGGAGCUCGUGAUUGGGCUCUCGAUUUGUCACCAGCGGGGUAUUUAUCACGGGGAUUUGAAAGGCAAGAACGUGCUGGUCGACGAGUUCAUGGUUCCCAAGCUGAUAGAUUUUGGGUUUAGUUUCCGGAAGAAAGAUGUCGACUACUUGAGGUCACUAGGAGGAUCACCGUUUUGGAUCUCCCCAGAGCUGGACGAGGCGGUAGACGAGAUCCCUCCGGAAGUUCUUGCGAAUCCAUUCCCUUCGGAUGUCUACUCGCUGGGGAUGCUUCUGGUGGAAAUGACUAUAGAUGGUGAGAUACCCGAGUACAUGGACUCGGUCUUGGUGAUGAACAAGUAUAUGGGAGGGUCUCCUAUAGAGCUCCAAGUUUCCAGAAGGCAUGGAGGAUCUAAAAGAGAGCGUUUUCGACGAGAUCUUUGCCGUGGUCGAUGGAUGCUGCUCUGCGGAGCGUGA